UUAUUAUUGUGCAUCUAGAUAUACAUCAAGAUGCAGUAAGUUUUGUUAUCUGAUUAGAGGUCAACUGACAACUUGUCUGAGAAACCUAUGUUGAGGUUCUGUUGCAGACUGUCAGUUACUCAGUUAGUUUCAUUUUCUUUAAUGAUUAAUUUCUAAGGCGUGUGUCAACUUCGUCGGAUCUCGGCCCUGGGCUGGCCGAGUUGCUGGAUUUCAGGCCUUGACCAUCCAUUCGUGUCGAGAUGAGGCCGGAGUUGGGAUUUUAAAUUUAGAAGGGAACAUUAAAAAUAUUUUUAAAAAAUUUAAAACAGGAAUAAAUUGCAGGAUGUUGAACGGCGAUAGACUUUUUGUCCGAAAGACAGUCCAACAACUCGCGAGGUCACUUGCUGCCAUAAAAGAUGCACCGUGGGAAAAGGUCAGUACCAUUUACAAUCUUUGCCCCCAAGAAGUUUCCCAGGGCGUUUACGUCUUAGACCAACGGAACCAGGAUGCUGUUAUUGCACUUGGGCUUUACCAUCUUGAAUCUGGACUUCAGCAUUCAGACAAAAUUGUUCCUUACUUCCUCAAACUUCUUAAAGGCCUGCCUAAAUCGUUAUGGCCUGAAGACACUUGGGCAUUACCAACUGACAGAACACCUCUCCCUGAGAGAUUUUCGUUUUGCCUGAACACACUUCUCAGUGACAUAGCUGCAAAAGAUCCUAAUCUGACCGAAGAAAUUAUAUCUUCACAAGUCAAAUUUUUAAGUGAUUUGACAUCACUCAUUAAAGCCGAUGCUUCUGGUCUUCAAAAAUCAGAAUCGAAUGAGUCUGUGGAAAAGAAAAUUAAUGCACACGGAAACAUAAUUGAUAAAGAUACAAUAGAAGACAUUGAUGUGUUUUGGGCAGUCAUAAAUGAAAACCCAAGUCCUGUUAGCCAUUCUGAAAGUCACCGUAGGUCACACUCACUUGUGGUUGAGGUGUUGAAUAAUGUCAUUGACAAUAUGAAAAUUAAGAACUCCCCAGAAAGUGAAAAUACUAAGAUACUAAGUUUUAACUCCACUAUUUUGGAUAGCGGUUUAGGAGACGAACUGGAGAAUCUGCAUUUUGGAGGGGUGUGCAGAAUUAUUCUGCCCAUACUUUUUGGCCUUGCCAGGUCUCUUGGGAGGUUUUCAGGGCAGGAUCCACCCCUUCUCUGUAGGAUAUUUCCAAAACCUGAAAAGCCUACACCCAUUACACCAAGACAGCCUUCGGAUUCUGGGAAAAAAAAGAGUUUCACAAAUUUUCGGUCUAUUAUACCAAAGUCUCUUUCUGGAAAUCUCAAUUUGACAACUUUAGACAUUCUUACUUUGAGCUAUUUGGACCCAUCCUCAGAUAUGACGGCACUUUGUAGUGGGGUCAGCCAACAGCUGCCGAUAACUUACGACCCUACAACUUAUUAUUUUAGCAAAUUUGGCUCUAGUUUUUAUCAAGCUACUCACACAAGAAUGACUGUAGUUGAAAAACGACCUUCCAUACAAUUUUCAAUUGCCCAUUUACAGAGUGUUCUUGCCUGUGCAAAAAAAUUAUUGACACCAGAUCUGCUUGCGACGUUGGAUAGCCAGGCAUCAACAAUUUUUUAUUCGGGACAAGUGAGAGUGUUCCCUUACAGAAGUGUGAGCGAAACGCUUAAUCUCGUUCUUGUUUCUUUACUGCGUGAGCUCCUGAAAUAUCAAACAGAUUUACCGGCACCGUUUACAAAAGACGUGCAAGAGUUUGUAAAAGGGCUUUUCCUAUGUGGACAGACUGAGCUUCAGUCAAGGCACCACGACGCCAGUGAAAAAGAAGAGCGAGAAAGCAACGUUGUAACUAUCAACAAGUUCAAGCUUAAUAUCCUCGCAAAUUCUGCAUGCGUGGAUUUGCUCGUCUGGGCAAUAGCGGACGAAGCAGGCGCUGACAGUUUAUGUGGAAGGCUUACGGAGAAGAUAAAUUCAAACCACAACAUGAAACUUGUCCUUGCUCAUAUGCCUCUCCUUAUGGUUUGCCUGGAGGGCCUUGGUAAAUUAGCCGAAAAAUAUCCUAACAUCGCAAACACUUCAAUACAUUGUCUCAGGGAUUUUCUCGUUUCACCAUCACCCAUAAUUUCAAAACUAUUCAGGCUUCAUUGUGAAAAAAGCCUUUCUCACGACGCACAAGUUGGAGGCACAGCAGGAACUCUGUGUGAUUGUUGUCAUUCUCCAUUUGAAAAACUGAGGGAUUCAGCUAUCGAGAAUCUCUGUUUGUCGUUGAAGUCUGCAUUCAGAGUUGAUCCAUAUUGCAUUCCAGCCUUAGUCGCCUCACUUUCCAAUAGGCUCUACACUACCGAAAGUUCUGAAAGUGAUAGUGCUCUUAUUCCAAAUAACACAAUCGUAAUGCUCGGCCAUAUAGCAGUCGCCUUGAAAGAUACGGGAAAAACUACUGAGACAAUAUUGCAGUUUUUUCAACAAAGACUUUGCAGAGUGCCUUCACCAACUGAUGUUUUAAUUGUUGAUCAGUUGGGUUGCAUGGCCAUGUCAAAAUGUGAGCCAAAUGUUUAUGAAGAGAUAAUGAAAAUGUUUGUCCAAAUAACUGUUGAAGCUAGUAAUGCAGCGUACUCGAAUGAUGUCAACAAUCACCAAUACAAACAUGUUUCUGGUGCUGUGAUAAAUGCAUUGGCAAAUAUUGCUGCCAAUAUACAAGGUGAACAAGAAAUGUCCGAACUUUUGGUGCGACUGAUGGAACUUUUUGUUCAGCUGGGGCUUGAAGGAAAGAGAGCUUCUGACAAAGCUCCUACAAAUAAGGCUUCGAGUAGUGCUGGAAAUCUUGGAAUGCUUAUUCCUGUCAUCGCAGUACUUGUACGUAGGCUUCCCAUUAUUAAGCAACCCAAGCCGAGGCUUUUGAAGCUCUUCCGUGAUUUUUGGCUUUAUUGUGUUGUCAUGGGUUUCACGACUCAAUCAGGUUUGUGGCCAAAUGAAUGGAGGCAAGGGGUUGAGCAAAUAGCAGUCAAGUCUCCUUGCUUAGUCGGACAUAGUACAAGGUCUGAGUUACGACAGUUACAGUAUACGUCUGCAGUCAGAAACGAUUCUGUAUCAGUUACACAAUUACAAGAAUUUAGAACACAAAUUUUGACAUUGUUGGAAUAUCCAACAGAGAUAACAGCUUAUGUGAACAAACUUUCAUUCGCUCAAUGCUUAUUUCUCCUAUCAGUUUAUUGGUUAGAAACACUCAGAGUGCAACAUUCUCAAGAGCCGAGUCUUCAGCCAAUUCUUGAAUAUUUAGUCGACCAAGCAUUGAUAACGGAUAAAAGCGGGAUGUGGCUUUGUGUCGCCAGUGUUGCAGAUCGUGUGUUUAUCAUGUUUCUCGAUUCGAUGUCACAAAAGCCCAAAGAUGAAAACAGAGAAAGGGAGUUGGAAGACCAUGCUAUUUUUCUCUUGGUGAAUUUCAACCAUAUACAUAAACAGAUUCGGAGGGUCGCUGAUAAAUAUCUGUCCGGAUUGGUUGAUCGGUUCCCACACUUACUCUGGAACAGUAACGUCCUUUCUAGAAUGCUUGAUAUGCUUCAUGUGCUUUCUUCUUGGCUUGAGCUGGAUCCGAACAACCCCACCCCGAUGCUCCAAGUCCCAAACACACCUUACAGUCUCCAGUUGAUGGAUACUCCUGAAGCAAGAGAAAUCAUUAUUCCUAUGAUGCAAUUUCCAAUACUUCCUAAGAAUCUUAGAAGAUACCCAAGUUACCAAAACUUGAAACCUAAGAAACACUUUUUGAGAGAAAUAAAGGAAAUUUCUGGUAAAGCGGCUUUUAAGAAGUCAAAGUCCAAGGGUGUUUUGCCUUUUCUUUUUUGCCGUAGUAAAUGGAGAAACAAUCACAAAGAAAGGCGUAUUUUUGCACUUUUUGGCCAAAAUCCCGUAAAAGAAAAACCAAUUCCUCUCCUUUACCCUCCUUUAUUGGUGUUAAAACCUGAAAAAAGUAUAAUGAUCUUCAAACAAAUAUGCCAACGUACGAGACAUAAAAGCAGCGAAUAUUAUCUUGCAUCAGAAUACCACAUAGCCCACAAUGUUCACGAUCUUGCCCCGAUGCAUUCUAAAGAAGAUAUAAAAAGCAUCGUCAACGAUUACUCUGCUCGUUGCUGUGGCAUUAUUCAAGAGGCAAUGAAAUGGGCGCCGAGUGCAACAAGAUCCCACCUACAAGACUAUUUAAAUGAAAAAGUGAACCUUGGUGAAUUUGAGGACAUGUCAGUUUCUAACAAACGUGCUAAUAUUCAAUCAGCAGUCUUGAGUAGCACCAUGGAAAAGCAAGGUGGAAGUCAAAAUACACCUCUUUUCGUCUGCUCAGUCAGCAAGAGGGCUAAGUUUUCGGGGCAGGUUUCGGGUAUGCUGCAAGGGCCACAGAACCCAGCAGAUAUCACUAAAAAGUUGAUAUCAGAUAUUGAAAAGACUUUCAUAGAAAAUGACAACCAAGCACAUCAUGAUGCCCUUUGGAGGGCCACCGCCCUCCUCACUUCACUAGAAGAGACAGACAGGCAACUGUUGCAUAUUGUCGCUUGGUCCCAAGUCUAUCUGUUCACAUCCGAAGCCGUAUCUACUGCUGUUCAGUGUUGGCAAUGGCUUAUUUCAGCAAGGCCGAGCAUUGAACUCAUAUGGCUGGAAGAGAUGAUCACCGCCUGGCAGUAUACCAUUGACAAAAAACUAGGGCUUUUUUCUGAGGACGAGGAAGAAUGCAGUCCAUUAGCACCUCACGAAGAGUGCAUACUUGAGCCAAAACCACCUUUCGUUAAACCUCAUGACAUCUGGAUACAGUUUUUAUAUGAAUUAGUAGAAACAGCAAAAUACAGUAGCAAGGAAAAAGUUGAUAUGCUUGUUUCCCUGCUGCACAGAUCUUUGCCAAUGGUCGUAGGAGGUAAUGAAGCUCAUUUGAACAGACAUAUUUCUGCUGCAGCACCAAGAUUCAGACUGUUGAGUUGUGCGAUAUCUCUCCUUCAAAGUGAUGUGUUGGCUAGAUCUUUAAGUAAAAAUGUCCUCCGUGAGAGAGUAUAUUCGACGUGCCUUGAUCAUUUCUGUGCUCCUUCAAAGUGCCCCACUCAGAGCCCGCUCCAGUUACAAGAGGACAUCUCGGCUCUAAUUAAAUUCUGGCAGACGAUGCAUUCUGACAAGAAAUAUCUUAUGGCUUCAGUCAUAGGAGAUUUUGAUGUUAACGGAGCAGGUGAACACUCAAACAUCCUCAUUAAUAACAUUUCAACCACCCUUGGGACCGAUCUGCCCCGCCCGAAUUCAGCCUCGGGGUGGAUUAACACAGUUCCACUCUCGGCGUCGACAAGCACAUUGAGCAAGAAAACAGCGAGGUCGAAACGACAAGCAAACACCGGGGAUCUAUUUGUAAAAGAUUACAUUAAAAAAAGGAAUCUGAUACUGGAUUUACUUGCUGUUGAAAUUGAGCUGUUGAUCACUUGGUGCAAUCCAACUGGAAAAGCUGAAUUAUUCUUUCCAGGAGAAGAAAAUAUUGCAAAUUGGAAAUCAAAACCUGUUCUUGAUCGGGGCUUAAGGGACAUCACAAGAUUAGCUUGGGAUUUAAGUCCUGUUUUAGCAGUUUUUUUACCAACAAGGCUAAAAUCUUCUGAGAGUAUGGUUAAAGAAAUAUGCAGACUAGUUCGAUCAAAUCCAUCUGCAGUCUCACACAUACCACACGCGCUGAAAUACCUUGUCACUACAGAAACCAUCCUAGAUGAUGCUCCAGAACUCUCUCAUUGUCUUUCUUGGGCACGAGUCAGUCCGGUGCAGGCGCUUUCUUAUUUCUCAAGACAGUAUCCACCACACCCUAUAACAGCACAGUAUGCAGUACGCGUACUCAGUAGCUAUCCGGCAGAUGCAGUUCUAUAUUACAUUCCACAACUUGUUCAGAGCCUUCGACAUGAUACUAUGGGCUACGUAGUCGAAUUUAUUAAAUAUAUAGCGAAGAAAUCUCAGGUCGUUUGCCAUCAGCUUAUUUGGAACAUGAAAACCAACAUGUACAUCGAUGAAGAAAUGCAUCAUAAAGAUGCCCUCUUCGAUACGUUGGACGCACUUGUGAAGUGCAUUGUCGGAACUCUUUCUGGCCCUGCUAAACAAUUUUAUGAAAGAGAAUUCAAUUUUUUUGACCAAAUUACAGCCGUUUCUGGAAAAAUACGACCUUUUCCAAAAGGAGCAGAACGUAAAAAAGCAUGUCUCGAUGAAUUGAGCCUCAUUAAGGUUCAAGAAGGAUGCUAUUUACCGUCAAAUCCCGAAGCGAUGGUCUUGGACAUCGACUAUAAAAGUGGUACUCCAAUGCAAAGUGCUGCUAAAGCACCUUAUCUAGCCAAGUUUUUCGUCCGAAGAUGUGGAAUACACGAGUUGGAAUCAAACGCAAUGGCCAUUUCAUCUGGGGUAGAACGAACACCUGAAAAAUCUGUUUCUUCUGUGACAACAAUCGAAACAUGGCAAGCAGCUAUUUUUAAGGUUGGAGAUGAUGUGAGACAAGAUAUGCUGGCCCUACAAGUUAUAGGCAUUUUUAAAAAUAUAUUUCAACAAGUGGGCUUAGAUUUAUUUUUAUUUCCUUAUAGAGUUGUCGCAACUGCUCCAGGGUGUGGAGUUAUUGAAUGUGUACCAGAUGCGAAAUCAAGAGAUCAGUUAGGUAGACAAACGGAUAUCGGAAUGUAUGAAUAUUUUAUCAAAACUUAUGGAGACGAAAACACAAAAGAGUUUCAGACCGCCAGACGUAACUUUGUAAGAUCAAUGGCAGCUUAUAGUGUCGUUGGAUAUUUGCUGCAAAUCAAGGAUCGUCACAAUGGAAACAUCAUGUUGGAUGGUGCAGGACAUAUUAUACACAUUGAUUUUGGAUUUAUGUUUGAAUCGUCUCCCGGGGGUAAUCUUGGUUUUGAACCCGAUAUUAAACUGACGGAUGAGAUGGUGAUGAUCAUGGGCGGCAAGGUUGAAGCAACGCCUUUCAGAUGGUUCACUGAACUGUGUGUUCAAGCAUACUUGGCAGUCAGGCCUUACCAAGAAGCAAUAAUUUCACUAGUUUCUCUGAUGCUGGAUACUGGGCUACCAUGUUUCAGAGGCCAGACAAUUAAACUUCUCCGAGCGAGAUUCGCACCAAAUGCUAGUGAUAAGGAAGCGGCUGUUCAUAUGAUGUCAGUUAUAAGAAAUUCAUUCCUUAAUUUUAGAACAAGAACAUACGAUAUGAUUCAGUAUUACCAAAAUCAAAUCCCCUAUUAAAACCCUAUCAAUAGAACUAUUAGUAGUGAAAAUGUAAAUGUUAUUUUGAAUUGUUUUAAAAUAGUAAUUAUUAUGUAUAAUAACACGAAUGUAUAUUUAUUGAAUAUUAUUUUUGUUAACAAUCUAGGAAAAUGUGUAUGUGAAAAAUUAAUUUUCAGACACCCA